GCAUCAGCAUGAACUGACAAAGGAAACAGAGGAGCAUAAUUAAGUUAAAUAAUGACAAUUAAGUGCUGCAAGAAAGUUGAACAAGGGCUUUAAAUCAUUCAGCUUUUGAUCAGAAUAGCCGCCCUUUUCUUUUUCUUUUUUCUUCACAGGACGUGCAGUUUGCUGUACCCUCCGUGAAGGAUCAGCCGCACUGUUCAGAUACGGAGAUGAUCGGAUGAUCGUGUUUUGUCUUUUAUCUGGGAUGAAGAUUUCGCGUUAAUGUUCUUGCAAUCUCAAGGAAGAAUCUUGGAGUGAGAACAUAAGCGACGGAAGAUUCUGGUAUUUGAUUGAUUCUGCAGAACCAACUCUCUUUUUUUUAUAUGCCCACUUUGGAGAAGGAAAUAUAUGGUUUUUCUGGUUGUUGUGGACGGUUUGGUUUGCUAGUGAAGAUGUUGUGAAUCCGGCUGCUGUCGGAAUCUCUCUCAAAACCCUUGAGGGUUUUAGGGAUUGAGAGUGGGCUUCUAUGUUGUAAUGGAAUUGGGGACUUCCGGGUUACGAGGAAGUCUGGAUGUUCUCUUCAAUGAACGGGAGUUGAAACAUUGAGCAGGUGGUCACAGGUGGAGGUGAUCAUGCAUAAGUUCCUGAAAGAGAAUUGACGUUUUCCAGAAAUUUUUAGCUUGUUGAUUAGUAGGAAAGUGUCUUUUGAUAGUUCUUGAUGCAGUCAGAUCAAACUUGAGAAGCAUCAACUUUUUUCCUUUCGAAUUCAGCAUGUCGGAGAAAAGCGUGCUCCCUUCGAGGUUCCUUUUCUACAUAAUAACCACUUCCAUGAUCCUGUUGACCCUCUCUUCUCUAUUCCUCCUAGAAUUCAGUAAUACUUCUAUCAUAUCUAGCAAAGUCUUGAAGCUGAUUCUUGUUAAUAAUACAUCAGUUAAUUUGAAACCCGGUGCCGAAUAUGAACAGGCUGAGGUUUCUUCCCUGUCAUCCGUGACUUCACAAAUCGAGCAUAAAGUUCCUCUAGAAGGACAAGGAGAGGGUUUUAGUUUUACGGACGGUGGAGAAAAUUUUAUCUCUCAAGAGAAGCAAAGAAAAGUGGCCUGCGAUCCCGAUCAGGUUCUGUUGAAAGUUUUUAUGUAUGACUUGCCUCCUGAUUUUCAUUUUGGAUUGCUGGGAUGGAAGGGAAACCCUGGUGAAACUUGGCCAAAUGUCAAAAAUCCAGCUCAAAUCCCAACUUAUCCUGGUGGCCUAAAUUUGCAGCAUAGUAUAGAGUAUUGGCUCACUCUUGAUCUUCUAUCCUCGGAAAUCCCGGAUAUCAAUAGACCAUGUACUGCUAUCAGAGUGAAUAAUUCAAGUCUAGCAGACAUAGUCUUUGUGCCAUUCUUCUCAUCUCUCAGUUACAAUCGCCAUUCUAAGCUUCACGGAAAGGAUAAAAUUAGUGUCAACAGGAUGUUACAGAGCAAAUUAGUGCAGUAUCUAACUGGCCGGUAUGAGUGGAAGCAGAUGGGGGGGAAGGAUCAUAUCAUUGUAGCCCACCAUCCAAAUAGCAUGUUGGAUGCGAGAAAGAAAUUGGGUUCUGCAAUGUUUGUGCUUGCCGAUUUUGGUAGAUAUCCAGCAGAAAUAGCUAACCUUGAGAAAGAUAUAAUUGCUCCAUACAAGCAUGUUGUGAGAACCAUAUGGGGCGAUGCAUCUGCUCCAUUCAGUAAGCGCCCUAUACUGGUAUAUUUUCAAGGAGCAGUUUACCGAAAAGAUGGAGGUGUGAUUCGUCAAGAAUUGUAUUACCUUCUCAAAGAUGAGAAGGGCGUGCAUUUUGCAUUUGGAAGUGUUCAAGGGAAUGGGAUACACAAGGCGGGCCAAGGAAUGGCUUCAUCGAAAUUCUGCUUGAAUAUUGCUGGUGACACCCCUUCCUCGAAUCGCCUUUUCGAUGCCAUUGUGAAUCAUUGUGUCCCCGUGAUAAUCAGCGAUGAGAUUGAAUUACCAUUUGAAGAUUUUUUGGACUACUCAGAGUUCUGCUUAUUUGUCCGUGCCGCUGAUGCUGUAAAGAAAGGUUACUUGCUAAAUCUUCUCCGUGGAAUAAAAGAGGACAAAUGGACCAAGAUGUGGGAGAGACUGAAAGAAGUUGCACAACAUUUUGAAUUCCAAUAUCCGUCCCAACCCGGUGACGCGGUAGAUAUGAUCUGGCAAGCAGUCUCCAGGAAGAUAUCUUCGGGGCGGAUCAAACUUCACAGAGAGAAUAGAUACCGCAGAUCUCAACUGUCUAAGGGUAACUGACUUUAGACCAGCCACUUGAGCUUACACCACGUAAGAUUGUGAAUUAUAUAGAUGAGGGGAAAUUCUCUUCUUUUUGUUCCAUUUUGAUGGCUUUAGCUUCCACAAUAAUGGUUUUCUUUGUACAUCCAUUGAUAUCAAAGAAGACCAUUUUAGAUGA